AUGGGCUCAUCGAUGACAAGAGGUGAUAUAGAAAGUUUAGCAACAGAUUUCUAUGAUCUAUUAGAAUCAUUUAAACAUGCACCAGUUUAUCAUUUAUCAUUUGAAAUCUUUCUUGUUUUGGCUGUUAGUUGGCUCGUAUUUUUUCGUAAACCUCGUCCAAUUGAAAAAAAAUUAACAGAAAAAGAAAAACAAGAAUUAAUUGACGAAUGGCAACCAGAACCAUUGGUACCAUCAGUUGAUCCUAAUCAUCCAGCAUUGAAUGUUCGAGUAUUAGAUGGUAUUGUUGGUAAAACAGUUGAAAUUGACGGAAGAAAAAGUCUCAAUUUUGCAACAUUUAAUUUUCUUAAUUUUGUUGGUAAACAACGUAUUGCUGAUAAAGCUAUACAAGCAGUACAAAAAUAUGGUGUUGGCUCCUGUGGACCACGAGGAUUUUAUGGUACAAUCGAUAUUCACCUUGAGCUUGAAGAGCGUCUAGCAAGAUUUUUUAAUUGUGAAGAAGGUAUUAUUUAUUCUUAUGGAUUUUCGACUAUUGCCAGCAUUAUUCCAGCUUAUUCGAAACGCAACGACAUUUUAUUUGUUGAUGAAGGUGUUCAUUAUGCUAUACAAAAAGGUGUUGAAGCAUCACGCAGCCAUGUAAAAUGGUUUCGUCACAAUGAUAUAGCUGAUCUUGAACGUUUACUAGCCGAACAAGAAAUACUCGAUAAAAAAAAUCCUAAGAAAGCUCGAUCAAUAAGACGAUUUCUUAUUAUUGAAGGUUUAUAUGUUAAUUAUGGUGAUAUAUGUCCAAUACAACGAAUGGUAGAGUUAAAAUAUAAAUAUAAAUAUCGUAUAUUCCUUGAUGAAAGCGUAUCGUUUGGUACCAUUGGACAAACAGGCCGUGGUGUAACAGAAUAUUAUAAUAUUGAUCGACAAAAAAUUGAUUUAAUAUCAUCAACAUUAGAAUAUGCUGCAGGUUCAAUUGGUGGUUUUGCCGUUGGUAGCUCUUUCGUUGUUGAUCAUCAACGUUUAUCGGCUCAAGGUUAUUGUUUUUCAGCCUCAUUACCACCUUUACUUGCUGCAGCAGCUAUCGAAGCGUUAAAUAUAAUGGAAGAAGAAAAUACAACAUUAUUUGAAACAAUUAUGGAUAAAAGUAAACGUUUACACAAGAAAAUCUUAUCCAUCAAAGGUUAUAUUGUAAAUGGCGAUGAAAUAUCACCAUUGAAACAUCUACGUUUAACAAAUACAUUGAAUACAAUUGGACGUUUAGAAGAAAUUGUUCAAUUCGCUCAAUCACGUGAUAUAACAAUAACGGUUGCAAGAUAUUUAAGUGAUGAACAUCGUUUACCUGAACCAUCUAUUCGUCUCAUAUUAAAUGUUGAAAUGAAUGAUGAAGAACUAGAAUUUCUAUGCACGGUUUUACAGGAAGCACUUGUUAAAGUAACAACUUAA